AUGAAUAGAUCUCAAAGUUACACUAAAGUUUACAGCAGAUUUGGAAAAACUCUCGACGAAAAAUUCACCAAUGUAAAAGCCCACCGAAAAGAAAUUUUUUUUGGACGCAAGCCAAAGCUUCCUACUAGAAAAACUGACAAUUCUCCUCAAGAGGUUGCAAAGCCUGAACAAGUUGUAGAGCUUUUAAAAGAAAUAGAAAAAAUCACUCCUAAAAAUAAACAAAAAACUGUAAAAAGACUUUCUAGUGCUUUUAAAGCACAAGGGAGAGAUGAGUAUUAUCAUUCCGUUGUAAACGUAAUUUAGAGCAAUAAAGAUCAUGUCCCGCAUGCUGGGUAUUAUAAUUUGUGUUUUGAUAUGACAAGACAAAGAAGCUUAGAAGCUUCAAUACCAGAAGAGCCGAAAUCUAAGCCAAGAGUCCAAAAAGAAAAAAUUGAUAUUGAUUUCAGAGUUGUUGACAAGCCAGGCCCAAAAACUGCUGGACCUAUUAGUUUUGGAAAGCAGCUAAAAAGACAAGGGAUUAAUGUUUUUGAUGUAAACGAAAAAAGAUUCGAGUCUUUUAAUGACAAACCACUAAUACACACCAAAACAAGAAGAGUUUCUACGCCGAAUUUUAACUUGCAAUCUGGUCAUAGAUAUUUGAUACGAGAAGUUCUGAAUUCAGCUAUUUAUUCCCCAAAGCACUCCAGUGUGUGAGUUGAUACGACUAAACCAAUUCUGAAUUUCUCGAAGUCUCCUGAAAGAAAAACAUUAUCAAACCCUUGUUGGGUGGACUCGAAUUAUUAUAAAUUAAACUUUACACAAGUCGAUAAAGAUGUGCCUGUUGUAGAUAUAGGCAAAAAUUUAUCAAGACCAAAUGAUCCUCAUUUUCCUGCAUUUAUGAUUAGAAAUACACAGUGGCAUGUUCACCCCACAGCUCACGCCGAGGAGCACGUAAUACCCAGGACAGUGGCAUGUUCACCCCACAGCUCACGCCGAGGAGCACGUAAUACUCAGGAAGUGGGGACUAUAAAUAUACAGUUUAAUUUUAUUUAAUCUAAUGAUUAGAAAUACAAGCAGAAAUGGCUUGAAUAUGAUGACAGAAAAAUCGCUGGAAUUGAACCAUCAUUCAAGCUCACAUUUUUUUGACUAUCAGUCUGAUUUCAAAAGCUGCCCAAAUUCUCCAAAGAGAUCUCCUAUGCGCUCUCAAUCGAGCAGCUCUGCAUUUAAUAGUCCUAAUAAGCAGAGAAGACCUAGUGCGCUAUUGUAA